UCCCAGGGACGGGGCGGAAGGUUCUCUGCUGGAAUGCGAGGAGCGGCGGCGGCGGCGGCGAGUUGGGCUCUCGGGAACGCGCCUCCUGCUCCCUCUCUCUCCCUCUCUCUCUCCCCCCCCAUUCCAGGCGCGCUCCCGCCUGCCAGGUCUUGGUACCACCUCGACGGCAGGAACAUCACCAAUUGAGGUGGGAGAGGCAGUUCUUCCCUUCAAGCAGGGAUGUCCACGUUCCGUCAGGAACGGGUCGAAGACCACUAUGACAUGGAGGAAGAACUGGGCAGCGGCCAGUUUGCGAUCGUGCGGAAGUGCCGCGAGAAAAAAACGGGCCUGGAAUACGCGGCGAAGUUCAUCAAGAAACGGCGCCUGUCGUCAAGCCGCCGAGGGGUGAGCCGCGAAGAGAUCCAGCGGGAAGUCAACAUCCUGCGGGAGAUCCAACACCCCAACAUCAUCACCCUCCACGACAUUUUCGAGAACAAGACAGAUGUGGUGCUGAUUCUGGAAUUGGUCUCCGGCGGGGAGCUGUUUGAUUUCCUGGCAGAGAAGGAAUCCCUGACGGAGGAAGAGGCCACCCAGUUCCUGAAACAGAUCCUGGAUGGGGUCCAUUACCUCCACUCCAAACACAUCGCCCAUUUCGACCUGAAGGUGAGACCCUUUGAUUCCUGUAUCCGAAUAAUAAUGAUAAUAAAUAAUCGAACGACUAAGAAAGCCAGGGGAGUUUGUAGCAAAAUCUCCAGUAUGGAUUUCAGUCUCUUUCUGGAAAGUGAGCCUCUGUUCUUAAGAAUGACUUGGGAUCCUCCCUUUUUCAGCCUGAGCGGUGCCUCUCCCUUCUUGGGGGAAACGAAGCAGGAGACCCUGACCAAUAUUUCGGCUGUGAAUUACGACUUUGACGAGGAAUACUUCAGCAGCACCAGCGAACUGGCCAAGGAUUUCAUUCGGAGGCUGCUUGUGAAAGACCCCAAGAAACGGAUGACAAUUGAGCAAAGCUUGGAGCAUCCAUGGAUCAAGGUGAUCAAGAGGCGGAACGUCCGCAACGAAGACAACGGCAAGAAACCGGAGCGGCGGCGCCUGAAGACCACGCGGCUGAAGGAAUACACCAUCAAGUCCCACUCCAGUAUGCCGCCCAAUAACACCUACAUCAACUUCGAACGCUUCUCCAAGGUCAUGGAGGAGGUGGCGGUGGCCGAGGAGAGCCUGCGGGAGCUGCAGCAGAGUAAGAAGUCCUUCCGGGAGGACAUCGAAGCCCUGCGGUCCAUCUACGAGGAGAAGGAGUUGUGGUACAAGGAGGAGAACCAGGCCAUCAGCCAGGAUCUCCGUCAAAUCCAGCAGGAGAUGCAGAAGACGGAGACCCUCAAGCGGCAAGCUCAGGAAGAGGCCAAGAGCACCUCAUUGGCGGCCAACCGGUUGAAACGGCACCUCCGGAAGCUGGAGAACCGCUACGAGGCCCUCGCCAAGCAGAUGGCCUCCGAGAUGAAGUUUGUCCAAGAGCUGGUCCGUUCGGUGGAGCUGGAGAAGCUGCAGGGUGGAGAAGAAGACUGCGGGAUUCGCUAAUGGCACUUUCCGGCCAAGUGGGAGAAGGUCAUCUCCUUUAGGCCACACUCAACCCGUCUUAGAUCUUCCUACCCACUUUUCCAGGGGCCAGAAAACUCCUCCUCGCCAUUGAAUCGUUUCCAAAAUUCCACGCUCCGUCAUGCAACGCUUCUGCUCGUAACCCCCGCAUGGAGGAAAAAAUUGUGCAUGCGGACAAUUUUCACGUUCCUUCACCUGAAGGCGGGACAGGUCGCGUACGAAAUGCAGACCCUGCCAGGACUCAGCAGAGGGUCUGUCAGCCACCAGGGACACCGCCUUUUCCCUGCUGCCGGCUGACCGUUUUCUUGAGAACCCCAAAUUUUGGAGAUAAUCUGGAAACCGUUCUCCCUGGAAGAGAUUUCCUGCUACGGAGGGUCAGGGGGAAGAUCUAUUCUUGUGGAUGUUGAGUUUCUGCAAACGUGAUCCUCAACCCCCAAAGGGGUAUGACUCUCUAACUCGACUCCUUUAAGACAGCCCAUCUUUCGUCGAGAAUUAACCAGGAUUCAUGGGGUCUAGAAGGCAAUCUGGGUACGGGGGGAGGGAGGGGGGGGGGCGCUCCAGAAAAAUCUUAAAAGUUUCCCAACAUUGCAAGGAUUUUAGGAAGGGGUGUCUCUCUUGAAUUGUGGCCACCCAAAGGCACCCCAGAGGAAUGAAGAAUAGCAGAGCUUCCCCCAUUACGAGCCAUGGUGGCGCAGCGGUUAGAGUGCAGUACUGCAGGCUACUUCUGUGGAUCGCCGCCGUUUGGCAGUUUGAAUCUCACCGGGCUCAAGGUUGACUCAGCUUUCCGUCCUUCCGAGGUCGGUAAAAGUGAGGAUCCAGAUUGUUGGGCGUGGGGCAUAGGCUGACUCUGCAAACCGCUUAGAGAGGGCUGUAAAAGCACUAUGAAGCGGUAUAUAAGUCUUAAGUGCUGUUGCUAAGUGCUAUUAAGCUGGGCUGCAGGGGCAGAACUGCCAGGCGGCUUUAGAACAAACCGAGAUUUAUUUAAAACCAGGUUAACAUUUUACCUUUCACCAGGAAGUGGGUGGGUAGCCUGUCUUGUCUUCUGCCCUGUUGUUUUGGACUUCCAAUGGAUCGCAAGAGUUUCCUUAAGUUUGUGUAUUUUAAUUUCUGUGUUGGGGAACAGGUGGGGUCUUUUUUUGGCAGUCCACGAGCAAACUUUUUGUAAAAAAAGAGAAGAAAAAGAAAAAACCCAUCUCGCGAUGCUUUCUUGAGUAAACUUGGCUUCAUCUCGGUUUACUCUUUGGAUGGGGCUGAAUCUAACACCAAACUUACUGGGAGCCACUGGCCUUACUGGGAAUAGUAGUUGAGGCAGUCCUGGGGGCGGGGUGUGUGUGUGUGUGGCCAGGGGGUGAGAUCCUCUCCAUCAAGGUUUUCAUUUUUAUUUAAUGUAUUUAUCAAACUUGUAUCGUCUCACAGCGCUUGAGAUCCUGCUGGCUUCUUCCAUUCCUUUGAACUAUCCUGCUUUGGAGGCCUUUCCUCGGGAUCUGAAAUAUUUAGAAAGUCUCACCCUGUCUUUGAAACGGGGGGCUGCCUCUUGAGUGGGACAGUCUAAUCGCUCCUCGGAGCAAUGAAUAAAUAACGUUGGAUUUCU